UGGCAUUUAAGAUGGCGACGCGCUGGGCACAUAACCUGAUCUAAACAAAAAUUAACAACAUUCAUAUAUUAAUAGAUAGAGGUAUAACAGAUAUAGUAUUUUAAGCAAUUAAAACACAGUACCCACAGUUUUAGCCCAAUAUUUUCUUACUUUCAGAAAUUUUUUUGUAAAUUUACCUAUUUUAUAUUUAUUGUAUACUUAGAAAACCGCUCAAAGUAUCACAUCAGUAUCAAAUAAAGUUAUAACUUAUAAUUUAUAACACUUCACCAAGGGCCAAGGUGAGCUGCUUGAAUUGAUGGAGACCGAGUGACCAGCAGGGCUUUACUACAAUUGGGUCCACAUAGACAGUAUGAUAGAGUUACUUAUGCAAAAUAAAAUGAAUGAAAACAACAACAAAUUCAGUCAUCAAUCAAUCAUUUUCAUUUAAACAUUUAAUUCAUAAAUUAAAUGAAAAUGACUACAUUAUAGACUAUAGUGACAUCACUGUAUUAACUGUAUAGUAUAGUAUUAUUUUCGCCCAUAAUAUUUACCUUCUAUUUUGACAUAUUUGUAACACAAUCACAAAGUAAACACUUUUAUUGAACAUCCUCACAAAUUUGUGACAAUCCUCCUCCCACGAGUUAUGUUGCGGAUGGCCCCCUAAAUACUUUCUGCAUCUAGCAAUAUCUUUAUUACUGAACUGAAAUUCUUUUAAAAAAUAAUUUGCUGAAUUUUUUGCUUUUGUAACUAUAGUGAUAUAUGCUUAUAGAUUAGAUAUAGAUUUACUUGUAGGCAAAGAUGAUAUCCUUUUAAUUUUCCUUUUAUCUCAGAUUAUUUCCAAACAAGCCAAAAGAUGGCUCUUUCACAUAGAGACUUGGAUGAUUUGAAGCCAUUGCUGAGUGACACAGUCAAACAGUUGCUUGGUUUUAGUGAGCCAACCGUUGUUGCUGCUGCCCUGAACUGUCUUAGCACAGGCUAUGAUAUGAACAAGACAAUCGGUAAGGAAAUAAAAUAAAACUUAUUAGGUUUAUUUUCUUUUAUUGAUCAUGGUUAAAACUUUUUCUGAUCAAUUUACUUAUUUAUUCCCCCCCCCCCUGUUUUAUGUGAAGAUUAUCUACUACUUUUUCAUCUAAUUAGACUGAAUUCUUAACUAACCUUUUUUUCACAGAGCAACUUUCUCGUAUUUUGGACCGCUCACAAGCUUCAACCCUAGCUGAACGUGUCCAUCAUCUUUAUGAAGAUUUUAGAAACAGUCUAAGAAGUGUCAAGAAGAGGCGCAGAGUAGGAUUAGCUUUUAAAUUUUAAAAUUAUAAUCACUAGAAAUAUUUUUUUACUUUUCCUAAACUAACAGGUAUAAACUUAUUUAGUAUUUUUGUUUUUUUAUCAAAGCUGCUAAAUGCUCAAUAAAUGAAAUAAUCUAUGGCCUUUAUUGGAAAUUUUAAAGAAAAUUAUGAUUUGCUUCAAUAAUGAUCACUUUUGUUGUUUCCUGGUAUUAACAUUAAUACUUUAAAACUAGACAAAUUUGCUUUUAAAUUUGGAAUAAAUAAAAGGCUUUCAAGUGUUAAAAGUUGAUAAUUUGGGACACUUGAAUGUAAUUUUGAGUAUGGAAGACCUUGGUAAUUUUCUUGGACAUUGUGAUUUUCUCACUGUUAGUAUAUUCAAUUAUUUUUUUAUCUAUUUUUCAUUCAAAUAAAGCUUAUCAUAAAGUAACUUUAUCUCUACAUAGUGUUUAAUUGGUAUACACAUGAUGAAAUAGCAGAACAAGUGAUGUUGCAGCUUGAAUCAAUUGACAGUACAAUAAGAUUUGAAGGUUUCGGCAUAGAGCCUUCUUCAGCGCACAGGAUCAACGAAAAUACCACAAGAAACAGAGCACUGUAAAAAACUCAAGAGUUUUUUUAGUUUUGUUUACUGUGCUCUGGUUCUUGUGGUAUUUCUUGUCCAUUGAUUCAAGUUUCAACAUACCUAAUUGUGCUAUUUGAUUUACUUAACUUAAAUGCAGCCCUUCAAUUAUUAUUGCUUGAUAAUUUGUCUGUAAUUUUCAGGAUGAUGGAGAUGAAAAUUUGAAAAGAAAGAAGUACAUUGAUGAUCAAAUUGAAUUUGAUGAGAUGGCGGCCAUGUCUCAACCAGCCCCCAAACCUAAGAACACAUUGCCCAAUCUUAACCCCCCAGGAUCUAUGCUGACACCAGAUAAAGUGAGUUUCAUUUUUUUGUUAACCUAUAACAUUAAAUUGGUAUUACAAUCAAUACAGAAAACUAAAGGUAUGUUAUAUAUUAUAUUUUUAGCAGUAGUGCAAUGAAGGAAAUUAAUUUUAGUUAUUUAAAAGAGCUCCAUAGAAAUUAGUUUUAAGACUGAGGCUUGAGGAGUUGAAGAAGAUAUCCAAAAAAAGGAAAUCUUGUGUCCACUCUAAGAAAUGAAAUUAUAAUGCUGUUGUUUAAAAUAAAUAUUUUUUUAACCUUCUUUUCCCUCUCAAGUAAAAUUAGUUUUAUUUUAUAUUACAUAAAUUGAUUUGUAUCAAAGUUUUGACUUUGAAUGAAAUUGAAUGUACCUGGUAGUUUCUUUCAAAGGUUUCAUGCUUCUUUUAUAAUGUUUGUGAAUUAUCUUUUAAAGAAAUCUUCUGAACUCAUUGAUGAAAAUUUUAUUUUAGUUUUUUUUUCUGUGAACUCAAGAAUAUUUUUCUAAAAGUAUUAUGCUCUAUUUAUGUCAAUGUAACUCAUGUUUAACUUGGUACUCUCCGAACAGAUAAAAGAGAUGAUGGCCAAUGCCCAAAAGAUGAUUCAAGAAAGGAAAGCCCAGCUGCAGGCCACCAUGCCCAUUCCAGCCUCAGCUACUAUUCACGUACAUACUGAUCUUGUCUUUUAAUACCUCACAAAAUAUUUUCUGAAGGAUCAAAAAUAUGUGUAAUGUAAAAUAUAAGUCUGUGAUAGUUAAACGCAAUUCAUUACAUGUCAAAGUAUCAAUCAAUCAAUAAAUAAAUAUAAUGUUUAUACACUUUACAAAGUUGAAAAAUAAAAAAAAAUAAAAGGAUAGUUGAAACUUCAAAUGCUUAAAGUACAUUGGAUUUUGAAAUUACUGAUCCAUAAUCUUAUAAAAAGAAUUCUAGAGAGUAUAUUUUGAUCAUUGAAUGUAUGGUCUGACAAUGCUCCAUUGUGAGACACUAAACUGUUCUUUAUCAUAAAUUUCUUUAUAACUCAGAGAGGUCCAGUCUCCAUACCAACAGAUGCAGCAAUGAACAAGGCAAAACGAGCUGCAGAACUACAGGCACAAAUACAAUCUCGGCUGAGUGGGAUGGCGGGUGUUUUGCCACCACCUCUUAUCCCUGGCCUGCAGGGAUCUGCCCCAACACAGCAACAACAGACCACACAUCUUCCACCAUUGGCAGGGUGUGUAUUUGAGAGAGUUUGUAUGUUUACAGUCCAUUUUGGCAGGCAGGAUGUGGUAGAUGUUGCUAUGUACAAGUGCUGCUCAUUUUUCUUACUUUUGUGUUCCUUUUUAAAGAUCUGACAUAAAAAAAUUGUAAUAUUUUCUGCUUCAGUGUUGAGUGUUAUAAAUUUAUCGUAGCACACUCUAACAUAGACUGUUUAACAUGCUAGUUUAUGUUUAUAAAGUUUAUGUUUAUAAAAGGCUGUCACACAUUCUGCUGCACAUGUAGAAAAUACCAAAUGACUAGUGCAUACUGGAUGGAUGGUGUAAAUGCCUCUUAUAUGAUCUUCAUAUUUCCCAUCAAGGGGUUAUUUGAUUUAUCCACUUAUAAUUAACUGUUUUCUGAUGAUGACAAAUAAUAAUUCUCUAGGGAUUUAUGUAUGGCUAUAAUGCUGUGAUCAGUAGGUGCUCAAAAUAAAAUUUCCUGAAAUUAUCACUAAUUUGGAUUAUUUUAAAGUGUGUCACUUGAAUGCAUGUUCUGUCAAGUAACUUUAGCAGGUGGGAAGUUCAUGCAAUGUAGCGGCCAUUAUUUGGUGGGUUAUUUCUCACUAAAAUAUAAAAAAUGUGAGCAUUCCAAGGCCAGACUGUCAAUAUUACCACAAUAAUUUUUGAUUUUAUAGAAAAUUUUAAACUUUCAUUCAAACUUGUAAUUGUCCUUAUUUGUUAAAAAAAUAUCUUUAUUUGGGUCCUUGAUAUUUUAGGCCCUCUCCUCUGAUCUUGAACGAAGAAGGCAAAACAAUUGAUGCCAAGACUGGAGAAGCAGUGCAGUUGGCCCUUUAUACCCCGACACUGAAAGUAGGUGCAUCAAUUAUCACUGAUUUUUAACAACUUCUAAAAAUCAAAGACAUGCAUGAAAGCUUUCAAGAAACAAUGUUUUAAAAAAUGAGACAAUUCUUAAUCGCUUGUUUGUAUACCAGUGUACAUUCAUUUUGAUUGACAUGGAGUUUAAUCAAAAUAUAAGGUCUUUCUUAUAAUACAUCGGUUUGAAAUGUUAAAUCUUUCUUAUCUCAAAGGCUAAUAUCAGAGCCAAACGACGAGAACAGUUCAAAGGAUUGAUUGAUAAACCACCUGAAGAAAUUAGUGAAAGUAAAUUCUUUGAUGGUAGACUUUCGUAAGUAUCUCUGUGAGAAUAUUGUAAACAUUAAAUUAUUUUUAAGUUCAAUCAAUGGGUUUCUUAGCUGAUAUUACAAAAAAAAAAAAAAAGCAAAUUAAAUGUUUGCAGUAGCAUGAGUCUCCUACCAAUUAAUAAAAGUGAAUACAAUUUCCUUACUGGAGAUAACUAUCAUGAUUUUGUUUAGUUGAAAGAAGAAAAAUAUGUUACAAAUUAAGGAUUAAUAUUUAUUCAUAAUUUUCUUGUAUGACAUUGUUUUUUUGAAUUCCUCAGUUUAAAAGGUGUCCAAAGACAAAAGAGAGGUUUUAAAUUCCAUGAGAAGGGCAAGUUUGAGCAGCAAGCCUCACGUCUGAGAGCAAAAGUAAGGACUGGAUUGAUGAAUCAAUUUGUCAAAUAAAUGGCUGGGGUGGUUGGGAAGAACUUGAUUGCUUAAGUUUUAUAUACAGAACAGAGAGCGAGAUUUGAGUUGACUUUGUCAUUUAUGACAGUCUUAUAAACAGAGUAAAAAUGCAAAAGUCUUGUAAGAGAUUCAUAAAGUGGGUAUAACCGGAGUGACCAAAAUGUUGUGAUGGUAUUCCAAAUUUAAUAGGUUUAUUAGCUAGUUAGUUGUAGAUGUAACAUGCUGUAAUGUUAGAUUGAUAAUGAAAGGAAUAUUAUAAACCAAAAUUCAAAAUUGUGUAAAUAUGAGUAGUAGUCACCCUAGUAAUAAGAUGAGAUUCUUUCAUUGAUCCAAAUAAAUGAAAAUGUUUUUAAAAAAAUUAGAUUGUACAUAUUCAUUUUCAAUAAAUAAUUUAAGAUUCUUACUAAGACAAACCUUUUUUAAUUAGAACAAUAUAAAUACGAGACAUCUAAAGUUUUCUCUAAGUGCAAAAAUAAGCCGUCAAAUGCCAUGGAGCCUCACUCCUUUGGUGACAAUAUUGACUUAAAGAGUGAUAGUUUAGAUAUUGUAACAGCGGGGAAGCUAGCUGGUAAAUUUUGACAGAUUAGGGAACAAAUGGAUUUUAUAUAUCUUUCAGGCCUAAAUUUUGUAAAAAAAUGUAAUACUGUAAAAGAAAUUCAAGAGGUAUAUGAUAGAAGCAUUAUAAUCUUGGUAGUAGAGCAGGACGACUAAGUAUAAAGUAGACAUGGAUUGUAGGAAAGGUAAAGAGACCUUGGGACAGUAAACAGUUUGUUAUAAUCAGUGAUGGACUUAAGAACUAGUUACCACAGAAACUUAUACAAUAGUGAUAAAUAAAUAUGUCUUUAUGAACUAUUAAAUUAUAUAAAAGGAUAACAUACAGUGUGAUUCUGUAGCUUUUUCUUGAUUCUGGCUGUGAUGGCUACCAGCAAUGUUGUCAGAUAUUUAUAUCUAUCUAUUAGUGAGAUCAAUCUUUUUUUCAGGCCCAGCUAGAAAGACUUCAGGCAGAAAUUGCACAAGCUGCCAAAAAGACUGGCAUAGCUUCUGCUGCUAAGAUAGCCACAAUUGCACCCAAAAAAGAAAUAGUAAGUGACUUAGGCAGAUAUUAAACUUUAGUCAAUUCUAUAGUGUUGUGACAAAGGAUGACAUUAAGAAGUUGAUUUUCAUAAUAAGAUUAACUAUGUAAAAAAAACAACAGUCCCUCCCCCCUCACCCCACCGAUUAAAAAAAUUAUUUGGUUUUUCGAACUCCCGUUGCUAAUGGAGAUAUGCAUUUUCACAAAAAUACAUUUUUUUUAGCCCUUAAAUUUAUUUAAUAUUUCUAUAAUUUUAAAAUAUUUAGAAUCAUGAUGGCUCAUGAUAAUCAAGUAGAUUAUUUCAUUAUGAUUCGUGGUUAAAGUACUUAGUCUUGUCUCUUUUACUUCCAAAAGCUUAAUAGUUCAUUUUUUUGUAGUUGCUUUUUGGACAGUGUUAUGAUUUUAUUUGAUGCCAGGUAACUAAUAGUAAGUCUAUUAAAUCUAUGUUUAUCUAACAGAAAGAGGGUGAGGUACCAGACAUAGAGUGGUGGGACUCUUUCAUCAUCAGAAGUAACACGUAGGUCAUCCUAUGUUUUGUCUUCAGUUCCGUUUGUUUUUCGAUGUUGCACAAUCCUUAUCCAAAUGGAAGAGGGUCUUAUGACAAUUAGGCUGUUAUAGAAUCUUUUUAUAAACUCUCUAAAGUUUUAUUAAGUGGUGCAAAAAAAAAAGGGACAAAAGGGGGAAUAUUUUAAAGUCACUGUACUUAAAAGCUUCAUGUCUGUUAACAAAGGCCUUUUGAUGAAGCGUUUAUAGUUUUCCAUGUCUUUAAUAAAACUUUGUAAUACUUCAUUAUAAUUUUUGCAGUUAUUUCCAUGUUCUUUUUAAGUGUACAUCUCUGUUUGAUUUUAUUCACAAUUGGGAAAUGCACUUAAACUAUAAACACCCCUACCAUUUGUUUGAAAAAGAUCUUUUAAAAUAACUAUGCCAAUGAUUGCAAUCUAAGAAAAUCUCGAUACCCCUUCUUAUAAAAAAAGAGUAUUAUCAUAUUGACUUUUGAAAGUUUCAUUUCUAUAACUACUCUACUUAUAUUUGUUACCUAUCAGGUACGAUGUGGUUCCCAAAACUGGUGACAUAGACAGGCAAGCUUUUUAUGGCAUUACAAACCUGGUCGAGCACCCCACACAGAUUGCACCACCAGGUACACCAAUGGCCCUCUGCAGACUAUAUUUUAAAGAUAGAUUUUAAUCAAUAUUUUAAGAAGUUUUUUCAAAUUUAUAAUUUUGAAUUAUAAUUUUUAGCCUUAGUUUCACAAUUAGGUAGUUGAGAGUUGGUAGGGAUUUGUAAUAAUAAUAGAAUGGAAAGCCGGUAGGAGAAUUUAAGCUGUUUAUGUGGUUUAAAAAAAAGACAUAUUUGAGGAAUAUCUCUAAAGCUCACUGCUUUUGAAUUUUUUUAACUUUAAAUAUUAUUAAAAUCAUAAUUAAUUAUCAAUAAUUCAGAACUACCAUUACUGUCAAUUAGAUUUUAAAAAAAAAUUGAUUUGAGCUUUCAUCAACUUUGUUCUAUUACCAUUUCAUAAUUCAUGAACUGCUUGUUUCAACAGUUGAUUGCAAAGAUGAAGUUUCUAUACCAGUGUUUCUUACCAAGAAGGAAAGGAAAAAGCUACGUAGACAAAACAGAAGAGAAGCUGAAAAAGAAAUUCAAGAGAAAAUCCGUUUAGGCUUGGCACCUCCGCUGGAGCCAAAGGGUAAUGCUAGUGUUCAUCUUUUUAAAAUAAAUUUUCUCAUUAAAUUACCAAUUUUUAUAUUUAUAUGGAAGAAAGUUUGGUAAAUUAUUUUUAACCUGCGCAUUUCGUUAGUAGCCUGAUCCCAACAUAAAAAGAAACCCUGAUGUCAAUAAAUUGUAAUAGUUGGUAAUCCUCACAAAAAUUAUUUUGUUUGAAAACAAGGAUAAGACAACCAGAAAACAUUGAUGCAUAAUACUUUUAAAUUGAUGAUCACUUUCUGAUAUUAUUUGUCAAUGAAUGCAGUGAGAAUGGCCAAUCUGAUGCGUGUGCUGGGAACAGAAGCUGUUCAAGACCCUACAAAAGUUGAGGCCCAUGUUCGAGCACAGAUGGCCAAGCGUCAAAGGCAGCACGAGGAGGCAAACGCAGCUAGGAAAUUGACAGUAGAGCAGCGGAGGGACAAAAAAAUUUCUAAGAUAAAAGAGGACACAUCUCAGGGAGUGUAUGUUUCGGUUUACAGGUAAAUAACGGGGUUUGAGUCAUCCCCCCCUCAGUUUCUUUGGUUUUUAUUGUUUUGUUUGCUGUAUUAGAUCUUGUAUAUUUUAAACAUUGCUUUCCAUAACAAUGUGGGAAAAGCCCUUGUGAUGUCUCGUUUAUCCUGUUGUGAAAUGGCUAGUCGAACACUUUCUGAUAUAGUCUUUUGAAAUUUACUUACUUUGAUUUAAAAAUUACUUGCAGCACAAGGAAUAAUCUGUUUUUAACAACUCCAUUUUUAUCUCUUUUUUCUUGCUUAGAGUUCGAGACCUUUCUGACCCAGCCAUCAAAUUUAAAGUUGAGACCAAUGCUAAUCAGCUGUACAUGACUGGCAUCACUGUUAUCUAUAAGGAUUGUAAUCUGGUGGUUGUUGAAGGUGGUAAGUGCUAAUACAGAAUGUUAACAAUUUGUAACCUGAUUUUAAUUAAUCUCAUCAUUAUCACCACAUGUAAAGUACAUUUAAACACGGUUCAUAUUUGAUAUAAAUUGAUGGCAAUAUUUAUACAUUAAAAAAAUGUAAUAAAUAUAGAAAUAUAAUGAUUUAAUUAAAGAAUAACAGCUUAAUUUUUAAGUUAAGUCUAACUGAUAUAACAACAUCUUCGUGGGGGGGGGGGGGGGGUGUGUGUGUGUGAGUACCAUAUUUUACUAAAUUGAAGGAAAUGAUAAAACUCCUUCAUGAUAAUGAAUUAAUUAUAUCAUUUUUCAUAUCUGAAGGUCCCAAACAGCAGCGCAAAUUUAGACGACUUAUGUUAAAUCGUAUAAAGUGGGCAGAAUCUCACAGACGAACGAAAGAUGUUGGUAAGUUGGGUCAGAUGGAAAUGAAAUAGUUCUGUACUGUUAUUAUUUUAAUGUAAGUUAAAUGAGCUAGUUUGUUGUAAAAACAUUUUAUUUAUGUGCUGCAAUCAAAAAGCAUUUCCAUUUGUUUGGAUCAAUAAAAGAAUCUUAUCUUAUUAACAUAAUCUCCUUCUUUGUAGUGUUUCAAGUCUGGGUUUUGCAAUUUAAAAUAUAGAAUAACAAAAUUUCAGCAUUUGAUGUGCAUUAUAACUGGAUUUCAUAAAGUGAAAAGUUAAAAAAAAAAGGAUUGUUCAUAAUCAUAGUUUUGUAAUUUUGAAAUUUAUUAAAAGCCUAGAAUGUUUAAAAUUACUUAAAGGCAAUGAAAAAAGAUUUUGGUUUAGACUAAAAAGAGAGGCUGGCUCUGAAUUUUAAUUAUUAAAAAUUAGAAGAAAAAAAAAAGGCUGACUUAAAUAUCAAUCAAACAGCAAAUGUAACAAAAAUGCUUAGAGCUGUCAUUUCCACCCAGAUGAUGAGAAAUAAGGAAGCUUAAUGAUAAUGGUUUAUUAAAAACUGUGUGUAAGGGCCCAUUCAUAAAUGAUGUCACACAUCUAGAAUGGGGAGAUCAAAUUUUUGAUAAUGUAUUCCGAGUGUGUCAAAAUUCUGUGAUAAAUUGGUGAUAUGAAGAAGAAAAUAAACAGGGGAGGGGAGGGUUAAAAAGUCUACCAAAACAGAGUUACAUCUUUUAUGGUUGGUCCCUACUUAAUCCUGGUCAAGCAGUUCUUACAAACCCACCUCAAGGUUUUAUACAGUGAAGUUUCAUUUGUAUUGUUUUUCCAGAGGCAAGUGAAGAUGACAGCAAUGUAGAUAAAACCAACAAAUGUGUUCUUGUAUGGGAGGUAAGCAUUUUAGUUUUUAACAUGAGCUAUUUAAUGACUAGAUUUUGAUGUUAUUUGUCUUAUGACACAACUCUUAAAACAUGUCAGUCUGGUUUUCCAGAAUUUACAGGAGUUUACAAUAAAAACCUAAUAAAAUUAAAACAAACUUACUAAACAUUUGGUUAGAUCAUGUGAUCGGAGAUGUACUUACAAUUACUGGGGUAAUGUAAUUUUAAAAUGUAUAAUCCCUUUGACCCUGCGAUCCCACUUUAUGGGUCUGUGUGCAUUACAAAUCCACACCCGGCAUGACCAAUAUUUUGAUCUUCCAUACCCCACCCUAGAUCAACAGUCUGUCUAUAAGAAGUGUUUUGUAAAUACUGAGUUCAGGGCUGAUCACGUGAUAGCAUUAUGAUAAUGUCAAUGAUUCAAAGGAUUUUGAAAAAGGAUUGAAAUAAAGCAAAUAGACAAUAAUAGUGACGAUUGAUUGACUUCAACUUUUAGUGCUAUUGAUGUGUGCUUUGGAAAUAAAAUAAACAACACAAGGUCUACCCCUAGUCCAAGCCCUGGCUGUUUUGAAAAAUCAGGGUCCAAUAGAUGAACUUUUACUAAGCUACUUUACACCAUUUCUAAGACAAUUUUAUCCUUAUACAUUUUACAAUACAUAUGUAGCAAAUGACAUACAAAUUUAGAUUGAAAUAAAUAAAAUUUAUUUAAUUUUAUAGUCUUCGAUUAUGUUUACUUGCGUGUCAGUUUGUGGAAUUUUUCCCCAGUAGCCCAGGGGCAUGGGUAUUUUAGGACUAGGAGCCCAGGGUUCAAAGGGUUAAGCGUUUAGAGAGUUACAAGGAUGUUAAACCACAGCAUAAUGAAUUGUAUCCCUAAUUUCAUCCAGCUUUGAAAUAAAAUAUGCCUAUGAAAAUAAAGUUAGAAUAAUUACUAUAAAGUUAAAAACAUAGAAAUAGAAUUUAAGGGCAUUUAUAAACCAGCAUCCCUUGUUAAUGGCACUCCACUAAACAAAUGAAAAAUCCUGCAGGGAAUGGUGAAGACGAGAUCCUUUGACGAAAUGAAGUUCAAAACUUGCCCAACAGAAUCCUUUGCCCGGGAGCAGCUAAAGAAACAAGGAGUGGAGCAUUACUGGGACCUGGCCUACUCUGGGACUGUCUUGGAGCUGGCUGGAGAUGACAGCUAGUCUCGGACAGCUUGGACAUACACAAGUUAUCGAAUGGCAUAUUUUGUGCCAGCACCGGACUGUGUUGAACGGGGACGUCCACUUACUAGAGUGACAUGAGAAAAUUAUUUGAUAAAUAAGUUGUAAUACUUUGGGUAAACGGACUAGGACAGGUGAUACUAAAGAAGGUUAGGUAUGCUAGUCCCAUGUGCUGAAUUUAACAUUGGAGUCUGGUUAAAUAAGAAUUAUGAACGAAGUCAUCCUUUCUUUAAUAAAGGAUGAAAGGUGUUAGCUUAGACAUGACAUGUAGCGGCAUGAACUUGAAUUGUGCGUUAGGCGCCUUGUGUGUAUGAGAGAAGGCAGCUCAUGUCAGUUAGUUUCCCCAUGUUUAAAGGGAUUGAGGUUAAGCUCUCCAGCGAUGGCUUAUAUGUUUUAAUGCCAGAUCAAUGUUCUUUGAGUGGCAACUACAAAUGCUCAAUGAAUUAUGAAGUAAGUAAAGAAAAUACAGUGUAACAUUGGUCACCUGAAGGGAAUUGUCCUAAUCAGCUCUACCUCACUGACUCUAAUGCCACAUGCCAUCAUAGCGAAGGAUUUUGAAACAUAAAUACUGGGAACACUUUAUUCCUUUCAAAAAUUGAACUGUCCUUUUUGAAGUUUUUUUUUGAAGUUUUUUUUUUGUUGCCACCUCCAUUUUGAUUUGUCUUAUUUCAAUUAAAUUAAAUACACCAAUAAAGUAACGUUGUUACUGGUGCAAUAAUAAUGAUGUAACAUUGUUAUUGAUACAACAAUAAAGUUACAUUGUUACUGGUAAAAUGAUAAAGUAAAAAUUUUACUGGUGUAACAAUAAAGUCACAUUGUUACUGGGGCAACAAUAAAGUAACUUUUUUACUAGUGCAACAAGAAAGUUACAUUGUUUCUGGUAAAACAAUAAAUUUACAUUGUUACUGGUAUAUGAUAGUUAAAAUAAAGUAUUUUCAUUACCAAUUACAUAGAAAAUGGUGAAAUGUUUAAAUGUUUUUUUUUCAAUAAAGUAAAGAUUUUUAAGGACCUUUGCCACAGCUUUUAUUUUGAGCAAAACAAAAAAAAAAUGACUCCAGUUAGUGAGAGUAUAGUAGUUCUGGAUGUCAAAUAAGGUUAAUGUAAGAGUGUGGUAGAUAUAAAGAAUAUUGGUGGAUUCAUCGCUACAACAAAAACUGCUGUUGGAGAUUUGUGUCUUUUGCACUGCAAAAUCCAGUGCAAUUUAAAAAAAAAUUGGUUGUUUGUUUUUUUUUUCCUUCUAAUAAAAUGUUACAAAUUGUACUUGAAUAUUUUGACACCUAUAAUAAUAAGAUGGAAUCUAUUCUGUUAAGCUCAUUUGUGCACUUGCAAUUUAGCUAAUGUAAAUUCUAAUUGAUAGACAUCCUGUUAGAGAGUAAUGAGGUAAAAUUGUUGUCAUUAUUUUGAGAUUCAUAUUAACUAUGAAAGAAUUAUAGAUAUUUUAGUUUUUAAAGUAACUUUUUUUUUGUAUAGUUAGUAAAUUUUGACAGUUGGAUAAUCCAUAAGUGGGUUAGUCCACAAGUUGGUUAGUCCAUGAGUGGGUUAGUCCACACGUCGGUUAGUCCAUAAGUGGGUUAAUCCGUAAGUGGGUUAAUCCACAAGUUAAUUAAAUUAGUAUGUAAGUUGGUUAGUCUGUAAGUGGGUUAGUCCAUAAGUGGAUUGGGCCACAAGUAGAUUGGGCCAAAACUUGGUUAGUCCUUAAGUGGGUUAAGCCACAAGUGUUUUAGUCCAGAAGCCGGUUAACCCAGAAGUGGGUUAGCCCAAAAAUUGGUUAAUCUACAAAUUGGUUAGUCCGUAAGUUGCUUAGUCAACAAGCUGGUUAGUCCAUAGCUUGUGUUCCGACAUUGUCACAUUUCUAUAAUUGUUAUUCCCUGCCUGAAUAUGUUUGUAUAUAGAAAUUAAUAAAACAACUGUUUUCAUGUCUACUCGU